CUCUAUGUAAGCAGCAGCUACUAGGGCUGGUGGCUGUUAGUUCUCUCUUUGGAUCCCCAACUGAUUCUUGUCUUGGGAUAUUCAUCCCAAAUAUGUGCAAGUCCCUCAAACACCACCGAGCUUUUCUGGAGCUCAUCAGCGCUGAUGAGUGGGGAACAGCACAAGAGCCAUCAGCGACAGCUAGCGUCAAGAUGCGAAAUAAUCAAUAUUAAUGCAUGGAAACGCAUAUCCAAAAAGCCAACAGAUACGGUGACAGCCCUAGAAGGUGCUUCAGCAUGGUCCUCUCUCCUCUGUGCUCCUCCUUGAUCUCAAAUCACUUUUGGAAACAAUCUGAAAACCAGUCCCUGUUCACUGAGACCUCACACAAAUUUAGUCUCCUUCAAAGAUGCAAUCAAAAAGUAAGAAGCACCCAAUUUCUUCUCCAACAUAGCACAAACGGUUUGUCUGAUGCCAGAUGCUCCAAGACUGGUGACAUUGUUCUACUCGCCAAACCUGUAACUUUAACAGAGGGUGACAGGGUGACCUUGACGACAGAUGUUCCUGUGGCAACAGAUGGCACUAGCAAACCCGAGAAGCUGCUGUAUGCCGUCUCCCUGCCACCUGUGCAUGGUCAGAUUGAGCACAUCAAUUAUCCCGGCGUGCCCAUUUCCAGUUACAGCCAGUUGGAUGUGGUGGCCCAGAAGGUCUCCGACGUCCACGACAAUAGCCAUGGGGCUGGUAAGGAGUCGGUCAGGUGAGAAGACCUCCCCUUUGUACACCAAUGUGCUGAAGAGCCCUCAACCAGCAAAGGGUUAAGUUUGGUUCUCUUUCUCCCUGUACCAGUCACUGUAAGAUUUAAUGACUGAUAUGGUUGUGAAGAGACUGCUGCAAAUGGUAUCAUGAUGUAAUUUUAUCAUUAUGGCAAUUACAUAUUUUAUUAACUGUAAUAGUGAAGUUGUAAGGCAAUAGGAGCCUUGCAGGCUUAAUAUUGGGGUGUACCCAGGUAGGCUUCCGUGGUCAAUUAGCAAGUGAAAUCCAAUUAUUUUGGUACAAUAAAGAGUUUACCACUUU